AUGGCAUGUGUAGGUCAAUGUUGUGCAAAUUUCUGUAAAGAAUUCAAAGCAUUUGCUCUUCGUGGAAAUGUACUAGAUUUAGCAAUUGGUAUUAUUAUUGGUACAGCAUUUACAAAUGUAGUUCAAUCACUUGUCGAUGAUAUAAUUACACCUCCAUUAGGUCUUAUUUUGGGCGGUGUUGAUUUUGUUAAUUUAACAAUUAAUAUGAAAAAUUUUGUUUACGAAGACCAACCACCUGUUGUUAUUCGCUAUGGUAAAUUUAUUCAAACAAUUAUUUCUUUAUGCAUUGUGGCAUUGGUACUUUUUUUUGUUAUUCAAGGAAUCAAUAAAUUACAUAAGAUAGCUCGUAGAAAUAAAGCAACAACUGAAGAUGAUCUUGACAAUGAAGUCGAUGAAGAAGUUAAAGUCUUACGUGAAAUUCGAGAUUUAUUAGCACGACAAUCAUCUAUAAAUUUUUCAUCAAAGGAAUUAUAA